AAAGUCAGCUUUAGUGUAAACGUCAUGGUUUUAAAGGCAGGGCACACGCAGAGCCCAGGCGCCGCCGUUCCCUCCCACGUUCCCUCGUGCGGGUCCCUUUCAUCCGACGAGGACGGCCCCAGUGGCCAUUCCGGCCUGUGCGACGGGGAGCUGGCCCGGAACUUACAGGACACCAUCAGGCGCCGCAUCCUUUUCCUCUCAGAGCAGCUGCGAGCGGAGAAGGCCAGUCGGGACGAGCGCACCGUGAGCUACCUCAAGCUGGUGUCUAAAGCUGACCGGCACCGGGCCCCCCGCGUCCGGCAGGCCUUCGAGAAGCUGAACCAGCGCGCCUCCGCUGCCAUUGCCCGGAUCGAGCGAAGGCUCCGCCGUUGUCAUCGGCAGCUGCAGGAGCUGCAGCGGGGCUGGAGGCCCAAGGGCCUCGCGCAGAAGGCGGAAAGCGGCCCGCAGCCCUGCAGGCGGCCCGGGGAGAAGGCCCCGCUUUCAGAGCCGCCCAGGCCCGGUGGGGAAGCCCGCCUGCCCGCCGAGCAGUCUGGUGUGGUCCGACACUCGCCCCUGGCCAGUGGCUUCCCGGCUCUGCAGCCGGGCAAGGCCCCGGGGCCGAAGCGUGCGGCCCAGCAGCGGGCCGAGCUCUUGUGGACGGUGAGGGAAGACCUGGGAGAGGUCAGGGAGCUCCACCUCGGCCUCCAGGGGGCCUAUCAGCGCCUGAAGGAGAGUCAUCUGAUGGACCUGCGGGUGUCACUGGAGUCCCUGCAGGAAGAGAAACGCAGACAAGCAUCGAUGCAAGAACAGGUGAACGAGCACGUCCAGGGGCACUUGGAUGAGAUUUGCCGCCUCAAACAGAAUCUGGCCUGCGCCGAAGAGAAAAUGGCCUAUCUGUCCUACGAGAGAGCCAAGGAAAUUUGGGAGGUCAUGGAGACUUUCAAGAACCGUAUGUCUAAGCUUGAAACUCUGCAGCGGGCAACGCAGCUGGAGGUGGCGGACAGCCCCGGGAGCCGGCCCCAGGGGCUCGCGCUCCGGCUCAGGAGCCUGCUCCUUGUGCCGGCCACCGCCCUCCUGGCUGGCCUGGCCUGGCCCGCACCGCUGCUGGGCUCCCGCCUGCGCGCUGCCGCUGCCCUCCUGCUCGUCGGGCUUGGGGCCCUGGCCUGGAGGAGGUGGCACACCCUCACCGCGGCCUGGCGGGCCUGGGUCCCCUCCAGACAGAGACGGCAUUCCAGGGAACCUGAGCCUCCAGCACGGGGGCCCUAGAGGGGCUGGGGCUGCUGGCUCAGGCCGCCUUCUGGGUGCCAAGGGCGCCCGGCCAGCCCUUCCCGGACAGCUGCUUCUCCACACUUCCUCUCUGACUC